UCUGUCGUACUAAGUUUAAUAAUAAAUUUUAAGGAAAACAGCAUAGAACUAUUUUCUCUCGAGAAAUGGCUACAAUUACUGCUCCUGUGACGUCUUUUGCUGGUGAAUCAAUAAGAAUACAAAUUCAUGGGUUGCCUCCAAGUCAAUCAAUAACAAUCCAGUCACUUGAAAUAAGUGAUCAUGGAUAUUUGUUUCAUGCAUAUGCGCACUACGUUGCGAGCAAGUAUGGUGAUAUAGAUUUGGAGAAAGAUCCUGCCGUAGGAGGUAGUUAUAACGGAAUUCAGAAAAUGGGUUUGUUCUGGGCUAUGAAGAGACCCGUAAACCCUAAAAAGUCUUAUGCGGUAUUGUCAAAAACUGACGUAACUAUCCCAGCAAAUAUAGUACUCAAAUUAUUUGAAAAUCAUUUGAGCGAGCAAGAUAUCUUUGACAGCGAAUCCAUUACAGAAACUACAGUUUCCCGCGUAUAUUGUGAUUCCUCAGUUGAACGCAUCCCUUUGCGACAUGUAAGCAGUACAAUUAGUGGUACGUUGUUUAUUCCUCGCGGAGACGGAGUUUUACCCGCUGUUUUGGAUAUUGAAGGAGCAAUGCCUGGCAUAUAUGAAGACCGAGCAUCUCUUUUAGCCAACCAUGGCUUUGUUGUUCUUGCCCUCGGUUUAUAUGGAUGCCCCAAUCGACCAGAAACAUUGGAUUAUGGGGAUAUAGACUACUUAGAGGAAGCGGUUGAUUUUCUUUCCAGUCACACGAGAGUUCGCCAGUAUGACAUUUCUGUUGUUGGAUCAUCGUAUGGGGGUACCCUAGGUUUGGCAGUAGCUAAGUUCUCUCCAAAAAUUUCUACAGUCGUCAAUAUAAACGGCCCUGUUUUCUCCAGCUUGGGAAUACCAAUCAGAUACAAAAGCAAGUCCUGGGUAUCAGUUACGAUGAAUAAAAAACGGAUCAAAUUAUUGGAGGGAGUUCAGAAUCACAUUGAUGUGCACGAAACUCCCCAUUUGUCAGAUCUAAAGAUUCAUGUACCGGAGUUUUACGACUCUAAAGCAAGUUUUCUUUUUUGCUAUUCUGAAAAUGACAAACUCUAUCGUAACACGGAAAUAAUCGAAUUGACGAAACAGGUAUUCAAGUUAUCAUCAAGUCAGCCAAGAUUCAACAUAAUUCAAUACAAAAACUCUGGGCAUGUUAUUCGUCCGCCAUAUACUCCUCCUAUCAUCAUUGCCUACUAUCCUAUCAGUCCGGAACAUCCCACUGAUUUUGGAGGUAUUUUGGAAGAACAUGCAGCAACACAAGAAAAGUGCUGGAAAGAUGUAAUCAGCUUUCUCAAAAAUCAUAGAAAUGAGAUAUGAGCGCCGUGGACUCAAUAUGUAAAACUUUGAAGUGAUUUUCAUUAACGUUUGUCAUAUUUCUGCCUGAUCACUAUUGUAAGAUUAUACGCUAUUACAAUACUACUCAAGGUUUUCAUAGUUAUGAGUUAAAUUUUACGCAUUUAUUUCAUGAUAUAAUAAACUUUUUGUUUGCAUGAACUCAUAUUAAAAUAAGAUAGCGUUGCUUUAAUACUUGUUGUUGUUGU